AUGUCAUUACAAGAGCAAGAUUUGGGUUCAGAAGUAGAUAUAACUCAACCACCAAGUCAACCACCAAAGUAUGAAAUAGACUCCGAAACUCCCAAUAAAGACAAUCAACAAGAUCAAGAACAAACAAAAUCAAAACCAGCAAAGAAAUCCGUUGGAUUUGCUCCACCACCAGAAGAUGAUUUAAAAGAACAUCAUGAAUACCUCAAACAAAAACAAGAAAUAGAAAUAAAAUCAUCACCAUUUCAUAAAAUACCACCAGAAUUAUCAUAUUUAGAUAAACAACAUAUGACCGCAACUCCAAAACCAAAACCAAUAACAGAUAUAAAUAAACCACAAAUCCCCAAUAGUAGAUUAAAAUUAACUGAUUUACCAGAUUUAAGUAAAUUAAAAUUUUUUGAUAUAAAAGAUUUAUCUGUACAAAAUAAAGAAACUGAAUUACAAUUUCAUUAUACUACUUUAAAUUUACCAACAUCAUCUGAUAGUGUUAUUGUAGAUAUAAAAUAUGGUUCAUUAAAUUCUUUUGAUUUAUGUAAAAUUAAUCAAUAUUUAUUAAAUUUAAGUAAUAUUAAAGUAGGAUUAGGUUAUGAAUUUGCUGGGGUAAUAACUAAUGUUGGAUCAAGUUUAAAUUCAAAGUUUUCCGUGGGUGAUAUUGUAUUUGGAUUAAUUGAUCCAACUUCAAGACGUGGUGCUUUAUCUACUAGUCAAAUUAUAUAUCCUGGUAGAGACGUAUUGAUUAAAAUUGAUGAAGAUACUUUGAAAAAAAUUGAAGAAACUGAUAUAUGUUUAAAUCCAGAAGAUAAAAACAUAGAAGGAUUUGAAGUAGGAGAAGAAGAAGAAGAAAAUAAUGUUGGAUCUAACGAGUCAGGUGAACAAUCUAAACAAGUGACAGAAGUAGAAGAUGACACUGGUUCAAAAACAAGUAAAACUUCAAGUGAAUCCCAAAAUUUGGAAUUAUCACCACUAGCUAAAUUAUCAUCAAUUUCAUUAUUAUACAAUCAUUCAAAACAAAUGAUUCAACAUUUAAAUGAUAAAACCAAGAAAGUUAAUAUAUUAAUAAAUGGAGCAGAUACAAAUAUUGGAUUAACUAUUAUACAAAUAUUAUUAACAGAACAUAAGAACCUUGAAUUUAUAAGUUUCAUAUUAGUAAUUCGUGAAAAAUCUGAACAAUAUAUGAAUAAAAUUAUAAAAAAUUUUGAAAAAAAAUAUUAUGAUCCUUCUAGAAUUAUUAGGUUUAAAAUAGUUACUUUUGAUAUUUUUAACGAUGGGUUAUAUUUUCCUGGUGAAAAAAUACCAAUAAGUUACAAGAAACCUGAUUUUUUCGCAACUGAAAUUAUUGAUUCAUUGUUAGUACCACAUGAUAAUGAAUUAGUAAAUGAAACAAAUAUAAAUAACUACAAAUUAGAUUUAUUUAUUGAUUUAAUUGGAUGUAAAAAAUAUUUUCAAUCCUCAUCAACAAAAUUUCAUGAAAUAGAUACAUUAAAUUUACCAUUUAAACAAAAUAUAUCAGUAUCUAUUGAAAAAUUAUUUAAUUCAUCAAAAAAAGAACCAUUUUUGAACAAGAUUUUAAAACCUAAAAAAAUGGGUUCUACAGUUGUUAGUGGUUGUAAAUUUACCCUAAGUGAUCCAAGUUAUAAUAUUAAUAAAUUAAUUGAUUUUAAUGAACAAAAUUAUUUAAAUCCAUGGACAAAUAAAUUUACAAAAAAUUUAUUUAAUAAUUUUACAGAAUAUAAUUAUUUUGAAGAAAUUUUUUUAAAAAUUAAACAAGAAUGGUGUAAUAAUGCCUUGCAGUUAGUUUUAGAAAAUAAAUUAAAAUUUAAAAUUGAUGGUGUUUAUGAUUGGAGAAAAGAUUAUAAAAAAUAUAUUAAAAAUUUAACUGAUAAUGAUGGUAAGAUUGUUUUUAAAGUUGAAGAUUUUUAG